AUGGGUGCACGUUACGGCGAGAUGUGUUCUAAUGCUGCUGAGCCAUUCAACUUAUGGAUCCGCGAAGCACGACAUCUUCCUAUCACCCAAAUGGUUGAUAGUAUUCGGAUAAAAAUCAUGAACCAAAUGUCGAAGCGCAGACGCAAGUUACCAGCAUGGCUUGGAGUUCUAUGUCCCAAGAUGGAGGCUCGUUUGGUGAAAGCAUAUAACAAAGGAAGGGCAUGGAUUGUAAGCCAAUCAAAUGAUAAUGUGUACGAGGUCCAUUCGUAUCCAUCAGUGUUGGUUGAUGUUGACAGGCGUACAUGCUCGUGUUUUCAGUGGCAAAUUAAUCAGUUACCAUGUGCACACGCAAUGGUUGCAAUACGUAACAGUAGUAGAGAUUUAUAUGACUUGGUUGAACUAUUUUACUAUGCAUCAACAUACCGACUGUCAUAUGCUUCAAGCAUAACCCCUAUUCCUACUAUUGAAAAACCAUCAUUCCAGCUGGAUGACUUUGUCAUAUACCCACCCAUUAUAAAACGACCGCCAGGGAGGCCAAAGAAAAAAUGUAUGCUUUUUAGGGGGGAAAAAGUGCAGUUAAUUCGUUGCGGACGUUGUCAACGCAUGGGGAACCACAACAAGAAGACAUGCAAAUAA